AUGAACGGCCACACAUCAAUCCCCUCGAGACACUUCAGUCUAAACUCCAUCCAACUAGAUGAUUUCAAAACCAUCUGCUCGCGCAAAGUCGAGAAAUCCACCUACCCACUCUCAAGCGCAGUAGAUUCAAACAUCCCAAUCUACGACCUAUCACCCUCAUGCAUAAACCAAAGCACAGUCCCAACCCAAACAAUCUCCUCCCUCCAAGAUGAAUGGCACCACAUCCUCCACAGCGGACCAGGCGUCUUCGUGCUUAAAAACAUGUACCCCGAAUCGCGCUACAAAGAAACCCUCUCCGCCUCAAACGAAGCCUUCAACCGCAUAAUCGCCAAGGAAAAACAAUCCUCCCAAAAGAAAGGCGACCACUUCGCUGCCUCAGGCUCCAACGACAGAAUCUGGAACUCAUUCAACAAACACGCCGACGAAGAUCCAGUCUCCUUCACAGAUUACUACUCUAAUCCGUGGCUUGAAUCCGUCUGCUCAGCAUGGCUCGGACCCGGAUAUAAAGUUACAGCUCAAGUUAAUGCCGUUCAUCCCGGUGGCGCGGCCCAACAAGCACACCGAGACUUCCAUCUGGGCUUCCAAGAAGUAGAUGCCGCAUCUAGCUUUCCAGCAGCUACACAGCUCGCCUCGCAAUUCCUGACAUUACAAGGCGCAGUCGCACACACAGCUAUGCCAUUAGAUAGUGGCCCCACGCGCUUCUUACCAUUCUCCCAAACAUACGCACCCGGCUACCUAGCCUGGCGCCUCGAAGACUUUCGAGCCUUCUUCCAAGAGAACUACGUUGCUCUCCCUCUUGAUCUAGGCGAUGGAGUCUUCUUUAAUCCGGCCCUGUUCCACGCCGCAGGCGCAAAUGUAAUGAGUCCCGAAAAUGGGUUCAGACGCGUUGCGAAUCUGUUACAGGUUAGUAGCCCGUUUGGAAAACCUAUGGAAACUGUGGAUUCUCUACCCAUUGUGGAGAAGACUUGGGAUUUGCUUUUGGGGAAAUAUAAGGAUGCAGGUGGUAUUGCGGGAUUGGGGAUGGAGACGGAGAAGUUUGGGAUUAAGGAGAGGGAGGUUAGGGCUUUUGUUCAAGCUGUUGGGGAGGGGUAUGCUUUUCCGACUAAUUUGGAUAGAAGGCCUCCUGCGCCUAGUGGGAUGGCGCCGGAGAGUGAGCAGGAUGUUUUGUUGAGGGCGUUAGAGGGGGGGUGGAGUUGUAAGGAUGUUUUGAAGGUUUUGGAGCAGAUACGGAGGGAUGAGAAGGCUUUUUAA